AUGGCUGGCGACAACUCUGAAAAUAAGGAUGCCUCUAUGUUAGAUGUAAGUGACGCAGCCAGCAACUCCAAUAAGAACGAUGGAAGUAACUCAAGCGCAAAUCAAAACAACGAGGCCGCCCUGGCGUACACAUUUUCUCAAAUGAAUGUUGACAAUCCAAACGAAUUAGAGCCUCAACCUCCUCUUAGACAUAAAUCGAGUUUAAUUUUUAAUGAUGACGAUGACGACGAAAUACCACCGUACUCAAACCACGCAGAAAACGGGUUUGGAGAAACUUUCGAUUCCGAUGACGACAACAUCGGCGGUAGCAGCUCGAGUAGUAUCGACAGCAACGAAGCCGAUGGUCAUGAUGCAGAUAUGACAGCAAAUACCCUACAAAAUACGGAUUAUCAAUCAACUCAGCAAGCAGACGUGUCCCAGAAUCAAUCACCUCAACAGCAGCAAGAUGAACAGCAGGGUAGUGUGGCGAACAAAAAAAUAAGAGCUAUGAUGCUUCCAAUUGAUAUCACUUGGCAACAGGGGGGUAGUAAGGUGUAUGUUACCGGUUCAUUCACUGGAUGGAGGAAAAUGAUCGGGCUGGUACCAGURCCUGGACAGCCGGGGAUCAUGCACGUCAAAUUGCAAUUACCUCCAGGUACUCAUCGUUUCAGAUUUAUUGUUGACAAUGAACUAAGAUUUAGUGAUUAUUUGCCCACCGCAACUGACCAAAUGGGUAAUUUUGUUAAUUAUAUGGAAGUAACUGCACCACCUGACUGGAGCAGUGAACCUCAGCAACAAGCAUCCGAUAACAAAACAAAUCAUGCAGAUGAUAGUCAGUCUGCGAAGAGACCAAUGAGCGCUCGGUCAAGGAUCGCAUUGGAGAUAGAAAAGGAACCGGAUGACAUGGGCGACGGUUACACUCGUUUCCACGAUGAAACCCCAUCAAAACCUGAUUUAGAAUACACCCAAGAUAUACCUGCAGUGUUUACUGACCCGAACGUAAUGGAGCAAUAUUACUUGACACUUGAUCAGCAGCAAAAUAACCAUCAGAAUAUGGCUUGGUUGACUCCUCCACAGUUGCCACCUCACCUGGAAAACGUUAUUCUGAACAAUUAUUCAAAUGCGCAAACUGAUAAUAACGAAAACACCUCUGGCGCCCUUCCUAUCCCUAACCACGUUAUAUUGAACCAUCUGGCGACUAGCAGUAUUAAGCACAAUACAUUGUGCGUCGCGUCAAUUGUUCGAUACAAGCAAAAAUAUGUGACCCAAAUACUGUAUACACCGCUACAGUAG